AUGUCGCAAUUGCCGAUGAAAGCAUACGAAGUGGUCUAUAGAGGUGCUGGAGAUAUCCCUACUACCGGAACUGUUGAAACAAACGUGGCUGUGGCAUCGUUUGUCGAGAUCGUUAAUAUUAAAAUUGAGUCUGAGGAGGCUGAAAGAAUCGGUGUGGAAGAUAUUAUGAAACAUGGUAAAAGCCACCAGAGCGAUGAUAUAAAUGAUCACUCUGACUCACAAGCUGAUGUUGGUACAUCAUCGGCAACGAGAGUCUCUAAAUCCCAGGCAAUUGGUAAAUCAGAGUUUGCCAAUCGUAUCACAGAACAAACGAACGCAGUCGAAAUGUUCCGUAACCGACUAGUUAUCGUUCGCGAUUACAUAAAAUCAGUACGAGCAGGCGAGAUCCAGGCCGACCACUCUCUUCUACGGCAGAUCAAUGCCUGUAUAAUCCAGCUCUCACGAAACACAGACCAUGACCCCAACUACCAAGAACUAGGAAAUGCUCUCGACAAACAGCAAUUUGAAGCACUAACAGCCUAUCUCGCAGCUGCUCUAACCAAGGGACAACGGUUGGGUCUCGACCUCAGAGCCAAGCACCAAUUCUCUAUAGGUCAUAAAACCGACUCCUCCACACCGACUGGCGAGUUCAUAGACGCUCUCUAG